AUGAAGCUCCCCACCAGCCUUUUCGCCCUCCUCUCCCACGCCCUAGUCGCCAGCGCCAGCUACUACUGGGACGUGGCCCGCGUCGGGACCGUCGACUCCUUCACAUGGACGCCCCCGUUCCCCGGCGACGGCUCCGCCCUGGUCGGCUACACCUCGUGCGAGUCCAAGGCCUACUUCAACGGCACGCAGUACAAGUACAUUGACCUGAACGAGGGCGACGACCGCGAGCUCGUCCUCAUGGAGUACAAGGACGUCCCCGAGGCCGCGCGCGACUGGAUCGAGGCCCAGAUGAAGGACGAGGCUCUGCGCGCCAAGCGCUUCAUGACCAUCCUCGGCAAGCCCGGCGCCGAUGGCAGGGCCCCGCCUACGCGGAUAUCGAAAACAUGUCCCCGAGAACAAGAUGGGUCCAAGUGUGAAAACGAACUCAAGAACCUCGACCAAUACGUCGCGCCCGUUGUUGAUGACAAGGGCGUUCUCGCCUGGGCUCACACACUCACUCGCCCGGACCGCGACGUCGGCAAGCGCGACGUCUCCUUUGAGGUGGAUGCCCGCUACGUCAUCGAGACGGAGGAGGGCCGCGCCGCCCGCGUGUUCUGGGAGAAGGCGCACGCUAUGGGACGCCGCGCCGAGCGUAAGCGAGUGAGGGACGAGAGGCAGGGUAAGAGAGAGCUCAAGCAGGCUCAGCGGUCGGAUAAGGACGAGCUCUGA